AUGAAUGACAUAAAAUAUAUAUAAUUUUAAUUAAUAUCGUCUGACAAACUUGUGGUAAUAGAAUUAAAGGAAGAAGAAUUAGAAGAGUUGCUUUUCAGAUUUGUUGUUGAAGCAGAAGAAAGAGAGGAAGAUUUAUAUUUUGAAAUUGCUGCCAAUAGACCAGAUUUCUUAUAGAUUGAAAAUUUAGUGCAUGUAUUAAGAGUAUAUAUGAGAUUGAAAUAAAAAAGAAUUUAUAAGGUUCUUCCUGCAAAAGAAACUAUUUUUGGUAUUUUGUAGACAUAAAAAAUUAGGACUAUUUGUUGUUGGAGCAAUAUUGAGAGAUGUUACAUUAAGAGAAGAUAGUUAAAAUCCUUAGAUUAAAUUCAUUAAAAGUAGGAACUCAUGAUUAAGAUAAAAAAGAAGAUCCUUUCUUUUAUGAUUCAUAACCCCCUUAAGAUAUAGUAUUUUAAGCACUGA